AUGGCAGAUUCAAACCCAGGACCUCCUGGAUCUGCAGAAGAAAGCUUGGAAAUCAGAUCAGUCUCUAAAGAGGACUUGGAUGAGGUCAAGUCCAGCUGCCAUGUAGGGAAAGAGCUGGAGGAUGCUGAUGAGUGGAGAGUGGAACUAUGUUUUGAAGAUCCCAGUGACAAACAUGAUAUGACUGAAGAAUCAACCAGCAGAACUAAGUGGACUGAACUAAAGAACAAAAUUCUUCUGUAUGUAGAUUAUACCCUCAUUACAAAUGCUCAGUUCAUGAUCUACUCUAUGUUUGGGGUGUUUGCUGCUCUGGGUUUCUUUGCCCCAGCUCUGUUCCUGGUUCCCUAUGCCCGCAGUAAAGGGAUCGAGGAGUACCAGCAGCUGACGGCUACAGUGAUUCUGCUGGGUACAGUGUUGCUGCUAUGCCCGUUGGCUACCUCGUUUUCAGAGCUGGUUGCUUUUAGUGCAGUUUACGGGCUGGUGUAUGGUGCAACGGUUGCCAUUCACAUCACUGUGCUGGCUGAGGUUGUGGGCAUCCAGAGGCUCGGAAGUGCACUGGGGUUCUUCAUGCUUAUACGCAGCAGCGGAGGCCUGCUUGGACCACCUAUUGCUGGAUUCUUCAUUGACAAGAUGAGUGAUUAUGGGACAGGUUUCCUCAUGGCAGGGGUGUCUCUCAUUGUCUCUGCCUUGUUCCUGCUCCUCCUCCACAUAAUGAACCGAAGAGGUCAGGGCACAGCUAACAAGAGCCAGAGUACACACAAGGACAACAAAGGACAAAGUCUAGGAGGGGAAGAAAAAGAGGAGCAGGACAUGACAUGA